AUUCCACUUCCUCUUUCCUGUCCCUGCCGUCGCCAUGAAGGUCGAGUUGUGCAGUUUCAGCGGAUACAAAAUAUAUCCCGGUCACGGCCGGCGAUAUGCCCGUAUUGACGGGAAGGUGUUCCAGUUCCUGAACGCCAAGUGUGAAUCUGCUUUCUUGACCAAGAGAAACCCCAGGCAGAUUAACUGGACAGUCCUGUACAGGCGCAAACACAAGAAGGGCCAGUCUGAAGAGGUGACGAAAAAGCGCACCCGUCGUGCUGUCAAGUUCCAGAGGGCCAUCACCGGGGCUUCUCUAGCUGAGAUCCUGGCCAAGAGGAACCAGAAGCCUGAGGUGCGCAAAGCCCAGAGGGAGCAGGCUAUCAGGGCUGCCAAGGAGGCUAAGAAGGCAAAGCAGGCAACCAAGAAACCCACAACUCAGAGCACCAAGGCCCCUACCAAGGCUGGACCCAAACAGAAGAUCGCCAAGCCCAUGAAGAUCAGCGCUCCUCGUGUGGGUGGCAAGCGCUAAAUUUGUUUGGUUUUGUGUAAUAAAAUUCUCACAAUACCAUC